CUAUAUCUAACUCCACAUUCCUCUUCUGUGCCCUUUCUGAAUGUUUUGGAGCUAAAACGUCUGCAAGGACAGAAAGAGCACAGAGGGAGGACAGCAGCAACGAUCAAAUCAGAGACGCUUACUGAAGGGUGCUGACUCAAAGGCACUGAAGCUGAAGGGAUAUACCAGCAGCCAUGGUCUUCCUGCUUAUAACCCUAACAGUGCUGCAUCUGGUCACCUUGGCCAUGCUCCUGAUUGCCACCCUGGAAAAGUCCUGGUGGGUAUGGGCUGAUACAGAGAUCACAGACCUCUGGUACAACUGCUUCCAUGAUAAUGCCACUCAGACCUGGAUGUGUGCUUCUGCCAAUGAAAGCGACUGGUUGCAGUCUGUCCAGGCCCUCAUGGUUCUGUCUGUGGUCUUCUCCUCCAUCUCCUUCCUGGUGUUUCUGGGUCAGCUGAUCACAGUCUCUAAAGGAGGUCUCUUCUACUUCACAGGCCUCUGUCAGGCCUUUGCAGGUUUCACAGCCUUUGCUGCUUGCCUCAUCUUCACCUUCCACAGAAAGGAGAUCUUAAAUGACAGAGAUUUAAGCAAAGGACGCUUUGGCUACUGUUUCAUCCUGGCAUGGGUGUGUGUCCCUCUCCUCCUGGUCAGUGCAGUCCUGUAUGUCCACCUGCGCAAGAAGCAGUGAGCAAAAAAAAGAAAUCCCAGAAAGGAUGAAAAAACUCACUUCAAUCACAUCCCAGUUACCUGUAAGCACACAAGGAAAUCAGAUGACAGAGAAUGAAAUACCUCUAUGAAUACACAUUUCUGUUUUCUUUUUUGACUCAAGGUCCACCCCACCAUGCUACAUGGUAUGCGGGACAUUAUCUCAUCAUGGUGGCAUCUCUGUCUGUGAGACACAUUGUCACUCAAAACCCAGUCAUGCUGUAAGAUACAGAACUCAUACGAAUGUGUUACAUGAAGGAUUCUGACAUAGAAAUAUUAGGUAAUGAAUUCAUAACUUGUUGUGCUUAAUUGUGAUUAUGGUGAGACAAUAUGGAGCUCAAAUGUCUCUCUUUUUGUAUUAUGUAUACAUUUGUGUUUACUUAUUAAAAAAAUCAAUAUGU